AUGCUGGUUAUCUCCCUUACAAUUCUCUGCCUGUGUCUGGUCGACAUUGUCAAACUGCUGCACUCCCUUCUCCAAGGCCCCAUCGCUCUCAUCAUCAAAAAAUUCAUCAACGCGGACUUUCCCGGACCGCUGGGCUACCUCACCGGAUACCUCGCCAUCAUCAUCGGCGCCGGGUUGACCAUCAUCGUCCAGAGCUCCUCCAUCUUCACCUCCACCCUCACCCCGCUCGUCGGCAUCGGGGUCAUCGAACUCGACUGGAUGUACCCUGUGACCCUGGGGUCAAACAUCGGCACCACGACCCCGCGAAUCUCUCAGCCUUAG